AUGCGUCACUGUCUCCUCUCUUCUCAGUCGUUUGGCGAUGGCGGAGCCGGAGCGGCGGCGCGAAGUGGAGCCUCAACUUCUCAACGGGGACGAGCUGAACGACGAGGACCGAGAGGAGGCGGACGCCAGCGAGGCGGUGAAGAGAAGGAGGAGAAAGAAGAAGAGGAGCCGGACGAGCGGGCCAGUAUGUGACUUUGCAGCAGGGACAAACGAAGCCGAGGGAGACUCUGGAGAAGCCGGAGGUGUCGGCGAAGUGGCAGCGCAGCUGGAGCAGCAGACCUUGGAGGAGAAGGAGAGGCCCGAGGAUGCAGAGGAAGAUGGCGAUGAAGGGGAAAACUCAGCUGUCAAAAAGAAGAGGAAGAAGAAGAAGAAGAAAGGAGCGAAGGGACAGACUGACCCUCCCUCAGUACCCAUUUGUGAGCUCUAUCCCAGCGGGGACUUUCCAAAGGGAGAGGAGUGUGAAUACCCCCCAUCGAAAGACGGGCGCAGCGCCGCCUGGCGGACCACCAGCGAGGAGAAGCGGGCGAUGGACCGGGCCAACGAGGAGAUGUGGAGCGACUUCAGGCAGGCGGCCGAGGCCCACCGACAGGUGCGCUCCUACGUCAGGAGCUGGAUAAAACCGGGGAUGACCAUGAUCGACAUCUGUGAGAAGCUGGAGGACUGCUCCAGGAGGCUCAUCAAAGAGGACGGGCUGAGUGCCGGACUGGCAUUUCCAACGGGCUGCUCCAUCAACCACUGCGCCGCCCACUACACCCCCAACGCCGGAGACCCGACCGUGCUGCGCUACGACGACGUCUGCAAGGUCGACUUUGGCACCCACAUCAACGGUCGAAUAAUCGACUGCGCCUUCACCGUCACUUUCAACCCAAAGUACGACAGACUGCUGGAGGCUGUGAGGGAUGCGACAAACACCGGCAUCAGGUGUGCAGGGAUCGACGUGCGCCUGUGCGACGUCGGCGAAACCAUCCAGGAAGUCAUGGAGUCUUACGAAGUUGAAAUAGAUGGAAAAACGUACCAAGUGAAGCCGGUCAGGAACCUGAACGGCCAUUCGAUUGGACAGUACAGGAUACACUCAGGGAAGACCGUUCCCAUCGUGAAAGGUGGCGAGGCGACCAGGAUGGAGGAAGGUGAAGCCUACGCCAUUGAGACGUUCGGCAGCACCGGAAGAGGCGCCGUCCACGACGACAUGGACUGCUCUCACUACAUGAAGAACUUCAACGUCGGACAUGUGCCGAUAAGACUGCCGAGGGCGAAGCACCUGCUGAACGUCAUCAACGAGAACUUCGGCACGCUGGCUUUCUGCCGCCGCUGGCUGGACCGCCUGGGCGAGAGCAAGUACCUGAUGGCGCUGAAGAACCUGUGCGACCUCGGCAUCAUAGACCCGUACCCGCCUCUAUGCGACAUCAAGGGCAGCUACACCGCCCAAUACGAGCACACCAUCCUCCUCAGGCCCACCUGCAAGGAGGUGGUGAGCCGAGGGCCCGACUAUUAAGGUUUAUCGAGACCCCUCAGGCGAAACCCGAAGGAGCGCGGCGGCUGAGCGCCUCCAGAGUGACUGUCCUUCCGGUCUGUCCUUCCGGCGCCUCGCAAAAGUAUCCACAGCCCUCGGACUCGUUCGCGGACCGUCGUGUCACAACCACAAACUCCGUCGAUGCGGCGAACGCGAAUGUUUACGACAUAGAAAUCGGAAAAGAGCGGCGUUUUGAUUCAGUUAGCGAACCGUCAGCUCCGAGUGCGGCUCUGCCGGCUUUGCGCAACCUCAGAGUGACUUUUUUUUUUUUUUUUUGCACGUUUUGCUUCGCAGAGCGGCUCAAGUUCAGUCAGACGGGGAUAGAUGGCGUCUGUGAACAUGCAGUUUCAAGCCCGGCCAAGAUUAAUUGAUAAUCUCACCAUUUCAGCAUGGGGGAUUUUGAUCAAAAUCGCAGCUCUGGCUGUACAUAUAGGGUAAUUGUACUGCUGGUGUUCAACUAGUAGCUAAUCAAUAUAUUUUCCCACAUGACCUGUGCAUCUCUGCAGCUCCUCCAAAGGUACCUCUGAUUGAAGGGCUUUACUUACUCAGUCUACCGGCUUGUUCUUGCCAUUUGUUUGCUUCUGAUAUUAAAUUGGACCGAACUUUAUUCAGUACUUUGAGAAAACAUUUGCGCUUGACUUUAUUUUUGGGGUUUCAGAGCAAAGAGGGACAAAGACAAACGUAUGCCACAAUCUUUUUUCAUUUCAUUUUUGAAAGUAAAACCAAGCUUCAUGUUUUCUUCAGCUUGCCUUGUGUUGGUUUUAUCAAAUAAAAUCCCAAUAAGUAGAUUGACGUCUGUGGCGGUAAAGUGGAAAAGUUCCGGUGUGUCACACUGUAACUGCAACAAAGCAAAAACCUCGUGUCACGAAGAGAGCUUACUUAGUUUUGGUUUUCUUUUAAGGAUCAAGCCAGCAGAAGAAAAAAAAUAUGGGUGUAUCUUUAAUGAAUGCAGCAUUGCAGGCUUAGUUAACAGCGCUGUUUUUAGAAGAUAUGCAAAACUACUUUAUGCAACCAGAAAAAAAAAAGAAACAUUGAUUAGAUAAGCAGCUGUCCAGAAAACACAUUCAGCUUUACUGUCAUGUUAGGACGUCU